CGUCUUUUACUCCGUGACCCAAACACGACCAGAGCUCAAACCGACUCACAUGGAGCAGCUCUAAACACACACAGUGGAGCAGAGAGAUGGAGCUGCAGGUGUGGGUGGAGGACUCUCUCAGGGUGGUGUGUGGAGUGUCCAUGAGCACCAGGUGUCAGGAGGUGGUCAUCGCUCUGGCCCAGGACCUCGGUCAGACCGGGCGCUACGUCUUAACCCUGAAGCUCCGAGGAUCCGAGAGGCAGCUGCUCAAGGACGAGUGCCCCCUCCAGGAGCUCUCCAACCUGGGUCGAGACUCCGCAGACGCCCUCCUCGUCCUCCGCAGAACCGGACCCUCCACCAGCUCCCUGCCCGCCCACAAAAACUCCCCCAGGAUCAAGCACCGACCCCGGACGCGCACGCCGGACCCGCUCCCCUCCAGGCCCCCGAGGGAGACCGAACCGAGCUCGCUGUACGGGACUUAUCCGCGGAAAGGGAGAACCAAGAAAAACAAAAUCCCCGUGCCGUCGCUGCAGAAAGAUGCGGUUUAUUUACAGCUGCUGCAGCAGGCCCGGACCUUACAGGAGCUGGAGGAGUGUUUAGAAGAACAGGAGAGGCAGACCCGGGACUCAGAAGUCAACCAGGACUUUGGACUAGAUCUAGACCGGGACCUGACGGAGCAGCUGGCGGCUCUGGAGGAGAGACAGAGGCAGAAUGAAGAGGAGCUGGGGCAGGAGGAAUACUGGAUGGGGCAGUUAGAGGAGGAGAACCGCAGAGCUAAAGACCUGAGCGUUCGUCUGGAGGAGCUGCAGUGGAGCGUGCACCAUCAGACCCAGAGAUUAUCCUCGCUCCUGUCCCGCUCCGACAGCCUGCAGUCGGACACGCACAGACAGACCGAGGAGGCUCUACGCCCCCUGGAGGACGAACUGCAGCAGCGCCACCUGCAGGGAGAGAGGAUCACUGCGGCGCUGGAGGAGACCGAGCGGGAGAUGCAGAACGCUGACAGAAAGAUCAGGGUGCAGAAACAGCUGAUGGAGGAUCUGAGUAAAGAAAUCAGACAGUGUAACCUGCAGCAGUUCAUCGUCCAAUCAGGAACAGGCCCCGCCCCCUCCGACAUAUUCGUCCAAUCGGGAACAGGCCACGCCCCCUCUGAUCUGUUUGUCCAACCGGGACCAGGCUCUGGACCCUAUGACAUCACCAACCUGCGGUCAAGUUCAGAGAUUUACCUCAGCAACGCAGGAAUCCUGGAGUAGAAAUACAAAGGUCUGACCAGAGAAAUGUGACGAUAAAAACUGUUCUGAUCCAUGUGCAGAGUUUGUAAAUAAUACUUUUAACAUUUAUUUAGUUACAGAACACCGAAUAUCUGCUUUAAAACUCAAAACAUGCUCCAGUUCUUGCCUGAGAUCCAGAAUACACAAGAUUUGCGUCUGGUCACCAAUGAACUUCCCUGUUUUCAGAUGGACUUGAUUGAUUGACAGGUGGAUUAGCCAAUCAGAAACACACAUGGUCAAGCAUCAAAACAAACACAGCUGCUUACGAACAUAAAAUAAAAGUCCUUUUUAUGUUAAGACCAACAGUAAGAGGCUGAUCUUGUAUCCACUCCAAAGCACAAACAAGUGGAAAUCAUGUAUAAAGAAGUGGACUAAAGGUCGUCACACUUUGCAGAAUUUUUCGGUCUUAAACGUCUUUUUAAACGUGCGACAAAAAGUGCACACUACAGACAUGAAGAGAAUCUUACGAGACUUAAAAUCUCCGAUCGCAAAGACUGCAGUGGGAUUUGUCUGCGGACCACAGGAUAUAAAGUUGUGAGCGCUGUGAUCGCGUCAGCUGUUUCCUGUCUACAGUAAAACCAGUCGCUCUGAGACUCUCAAGUGUUAAAAAGAUCAGACUCUGCACUUCUAGUUUAGACACAAGUCAAACUGUCUUAUUAUUAUUUGUGAAAUGUGGAGCAAAACUUCAGAUACGUGAUUUUUUAAAGCAUAAAAGUCGACAAGAAGUAGAGUCACUGUCGUUAAUCUGCAGCUUCACCUCGAUCCGUGCGCUGUGUGGAUGUAAACAAACACACGUGAGGAACUACUCCCACCUUUUUACUUUUAAAGAAUGACUAUAACUGGAUUAACAGUGCGGUUUUGUGGACUGAGUUUGUUUGUUGCGCUUCUGUGUCUGUCUCUCCUUUGCCCCUGACGCUCUGUUUUAUCGGCUGUUAUCGUAGAGUUGCUGAUGUUUGGAGUCACUCUGACACACACACACACACACGAGGAGCACAAAAUGUCAAAAUUCGCACACAAACAAAGUCGAGUCACGCCUCCCUGAAGUCGGAUAGAAGCGAAUCUCAGUCUAAAUCUGUCGUGUGUGGCGGCCUUAAGAACAAAAAUAAGUUUGAAAUCACACUUUAUUCGAGCCCCGUGUCACGUACGUAGUGCUACGACGGUAAGAGGCUGAUCUUGUAUUUUCAUAUAAGUUGCCAUAACUGAAAAUACGACGGUUUAUCACAAGAUCAAGUCAGUAUUUGCUGUGAUUUUGUUUAUGUUUAUAUCAGUUUUUUACGAUUCUGAGUCUGUGUCCUCGUCCAAACAUCUCGUAAAGCGUCUGGGAGUUAGCGCCCUCUAGUGUCAGACCUCCAACAGGACGGGGCGGUUCACUUUAGACCGUGGAGACUCUUGAGGCCAGUACAGAUCUGCUCCAAAAUGAACCAGUGGAAAUGAGGCUGAAUGGCUCAAGGUAAAGUGUGACAUCUGGUGGUCACAUUGUGUAUUGCAGCCCCAAGCCUUUUUUUUUUUUUUUUGUAAUUUACUUUUUACUAUAAAUAUGAUGCUCUUAUAUUAAAUGCACAUACUGGUGAAUUAUAGAUAAAUAUGUAUGUGUAAUGGUGAACGGAUAUGAGAAUAUUUUGUUUGUUUGUUUGAUUUUUAGUUGAAGGAAAUGUCUAUGGCCAGUUUGAACAAAGCAAAAAAAAAAAAAAAAAAUAAAAAAAUGUUAAAUGAAGGUGUAAAUAUGACUGAACAUACAUUUUUAUAAUUAUUGUGUGUUUUAUUUUAUAUAUUUUGCACUGUGUGUUUCAAAUGUACUUUUUAAAUGAUCAAAAAUGUAAUAUAAUAAGCUAUUCCACUGCCUGUUCUUUUGUUUACCAAACUUUAUACUUUGAACAAAUGCUUAAAGGUGCACUGUGUAAAUUUCUGGUGGAGGGUACGCCCGCCGUCUGUUGAUAUGUUCCACAGUACAGCAUUAAAUCAAUCCAAGUUUCAUUAGUAAUUAUUUAAUUUAAUUGCUAAAUAUAACGUGCAUUCAUAAGCCGACUGUGCGCUGUCACUUCUCCACAGAUCUGACCUGGUUUCUUGUCUCCACGGAGAUAGAUGGGCUGUAUUUAAUGCCAUACUGUGAAACAUUAUAGGCCAAGCAUUGAUAUCUCCAUGGCAACAGAAAGAUGACAGACCCCAGUGCACCUUUAAAACUCAUGAAGUUUAAUUUAUUUUAUGGGGAUGUAGAUUUAUUCCAUGUGUAAGCAAACUGUUAAUGAUUUUUAUUAUUAAACUCUUUUGCUUUA